UUUAGAACGUUGCCGCAGCCAAUGGGGCCUCGCGGCCGGCUGUCGGCGCUCCUCAUUGGAGGAGCGGAGAGGAGAGCGAGUAGAGGGCCCCCAGAGGGAGCCGCGGAGGUUCGGGUCCCGGAGGCCGGGCUACGCCGAGCCGUGCGCGUGAGCAGCUGUGGCGGCGGCGGCGGCAGCAUCCAGCGGCGGUGCCAGCAGUUCCAGCCCGUUGCUUUACUUUUUAGCUGCACGAACAUAGAGUCAUUAUGCCGAAGAGAAAGUCUCCAGAGAAUACAGAGGGCAAGGAUGGAUCCAAAGUAACUAAACAGGAGCCCACCAGACGGUCUGCCAGGUUGUCAGCGAAACCUGCUCCCCCAAAACCUGAACCUAAACCAAGAAAAACAUCUGCUAAGAAAGAACCGGCCACAAAGGUUAACAAAGGUGCUAAAGGGAAGAAGGAGGAAAAGCAAGAAGCUGGAAAGGAAGGUACUGCACCAUCUGAAAAUGGUGACACUAAAGCUGAAGAGAUCCACAUCUCUCGCUCAACUGUUAAUGUCUCAGCCUCCAGAGGUACCCCACCCAGCACACUGUCAGUAAAGGGGCAGAUUGAAACAGUGAGAGUUAAGGGCACAGAAAACUGAAUCUGUAGCUAACGAGGGAGAAUGAAUUGUCAUGAAAAUUGGGGUUGAUUUUAUGUACCUCUUGGGACAACUUUUAAAAGCUAUUUUUACCGAGUAUUUUGUAAAUGCUAAUUUUUUUAGGACUCUACUAGUUGGCAUACAAAAAUAUAUAAGGAUGGACAUUUUACCUUCUCAUAGUCAUGCUUUUUUGGAAAUUUCCAUCAUCCUUGAGUAAAAUAAAUACCAAUUUAAUAUUGGAAGCUGUCUGUAAAGUUGAUGCAGCGUUCCAUGCACUUGCUUUAAAUAUUUAGUCCUGUGCAUAAUGUGGAGUUUUUACUGUGCGUAUUUGAAUUUUUUCAUGCAGUUUUUCUAGAGCAAUAAUCAGUGGUGCUUUUGUACCUAGGUUUUAUGUGAUUUUAAUGAAACAUGGAUAGUUGUGGCCACCUGCUGACUAUUUGUGGUUUAAAAUAAAAGGUUUCUGCCUGCAAAA